CAAGUCAAGUUAAUGUUGUAAAAGCUGUCAAUGUAUUAAAAGAACGGGCUCAACAAACUAAUGAUCAGCCUGUACAAAUUAUUCAAACUAUAGUAGCUAAUAGUUCACAUGAAAUAUAUCUGUAA